GUAGGUAUUAAUUGUGAAAGAAGAGAAAAUUAUGCGUUACUGUAUUAUUCGUUCGGGCGAGAAGAAAUUGUCUGUAUGUUCUUAACUAAAAGGUUACAACACACUUCUCAUACUCUCAGAUUCUCUUUUCUUUUUCUCUUCUCCAAACUAACAACAAACCAUGGAUAAACAAGAACAAGAGCGCAAAGAAGAAAAACAAGAACAAGAGUACAAAGAAGAACAUGAACAACCAAAUGAACACGAGCAAGAAAAAGAACUCGGCAAAGAACAUGAACUACAACACACAAAUUCAAGCCCAGACCCGCCACCAAAACAGAACUCUCCGCCGCCUGAACCGGAACUACGACAAACAUACCCAAGCUCACCACCCAAACAAUCUUUUCCGCCUCGGCUACUCUACCACAACUCCACACCAAAUUCACCACCCUUAGGUGAAGAUGAAGAAGAAGAAGAAGACCACAGAAAGCCUCCGUUUAAACUACCUCCUCCUCCUGCUGUUGCGGCGGCGGUUGAGACCAAGGUGGAACCCACAUCCCAAGAAGUCCAAGAUGAAGAAAAUGGACUUGGUGGUGGUGGUGGUGGUGAUGGGCAUGGUGAUGGUUUUGUUAAUACCGGGAGUGGGAGGAACCAUUUGAAGACCAAUUUGUCGAUCUUGAAGAAAGCCAAGAGAGAUAGCAUGAUGAAGAGAGCUUUGAUUGUUUCUAGGAUUUCUGGGUUUGUUUGCAGCUUGGUCUCUUUCUCGGUUUUGGCUGCCGAUAGAGAUCGUGGUUGGGCCAUUGAUUCAUUCUACCGUUACAAAGAAUUCGGGUACUGUAUGGCAGUGAAUGUGAUAGCCUUUGUAUAUUCUGGAUUUCAGGGUUAUGAUCUAAUCUAUCAAUUGACCUCCGGAAAACGCAAAUUGAGGCUACCCCUCCGCCACUACUUGGAUUUUUCUUUGGAUCAGGUGAUAACUUAUCUUCUCAUGUCUGCAUCAUCUUCAGCUGCUGUCCGCGUAGAUGACUGGCAAUCCAACUGGGGUAAAGACCUCUUCCCAGAUAUGGCAAGGGCGUCUGUGGCAUUAUCUUUCCUUGCUUUCGGGGCCUUAGCUUUAAGCUCUCUCAUAUCUGGUUAUAAAGUUUAUACUCUCAAAUCUUUAUAGUCUUAACGCUGCCUGGAUCAACCACAUUUCAGUUAUAUGUUAUACAACAUAGAAUGUUCAAGUGGAAAGUUAAUGGAAAAGAGUUGGUUCAAAGUUUGUAUAUGAAAAUACCUGUACCCGGGUUUUUAUUUAGACCAUGGAGUACACGCAAAUGCUCAUCAAAGUUUGUUUACAGUAUCAACCCACCUUUAAUAUCUUAUGCUGUAAUGAAAAUUAUCGAAGUUUUCAUUAAUGAAACUGGUUUCUUCUUCAUUACUAA